CACAACCAUAAGAGAGAGAACUAACUUUAUUCGACGUCGUUUUGUAGGUCGACAGAAAACAGAAUACCGAAACAAAACUCUGUCGAUUGUAAAAGCCCAUUUAGGGGUCUAAGUCCCACAGAGUGGUGGCCCAUUUGUUGUUCUUUAUCAUAUUGCCGUAGUUGUCUCGUUCGAUCUGAAAAAUUAGGGUUCCGUUUGGGUGAAAAUGAGGGACGCGUCGCCAGAAUAUGAUCCUGAGUAUGCCCGAAUCGCAGCGGAGGUGCGGGCGGAAUUGAAGGAGCUCGGAGAAGAUGAACAAAAUUCAUUCUCCGAUGAUGAUGAUCCCGCUGAUCGUGGGUGGUCCACAUACGUUACAGAUGCCAAAGCUUUUUUUGCUGGUAGGAGGAUAAAACCUAAAGCAUGGCGCUUUUAUUAUGACAGGGGCCUCUGCGCUAGACUUGCACUCUACUGUUACAAUCUUCAGAAGGGCACAGUUUACGAUUUUUGGUUUAUCAGUCAGCUACAUGAGCAGACUCACCGUUCCUUCACCAAGUCUUUCAUAACAUUUGAGGCGGUGAAUCCAGCCGACCGUACUUCUCCAGUCACUUUUGAGACUUGCGUUAAGCAUAACGAUGAUCAAGUUACACACGUCCCCAAUUUGUGGUGGGAGACUCACAUUUGCAGGGUGGAAGGUAGCGAAGAGGCUGAUUAUGAGUGGGACGAUGGAGCCGUAAAUGAUUGUUACAAAGGUGAAAUGCCCAAAUGGCUGUCUGAUGAAGAUCAGCAACGAUGCUAUGUGGUUAAACAAUCAGAGCUUCAUGACGAGAAAAACGGGUGGCUGCUUAUCUUAACUGAGUUUGCCUUCUUCACGAAAUGGAAUGGACCUCUCAGUCCGGGAGAGAUUGAGGAUUGCCGACCUUUGAUUACUCAACAUGUGGUUGUGGAAACUCUUGAUGAAGAAGCUGAGAAAGAGCAGUCGAGUGAUAAAGUGAUCAAUGCGGCCAAUGCAAUCUUCUACAUAUCUUUUGAGUGCGUGGAGGAUCCAACAAUAGGUCGUUACAGGGCGGUUGUACGGAAGACGAUGGAUGGGAAACCUGGGCACAUGCGCCUCGAGGUUACGUGUUCGAAAGUCUGAGAUCAAAAUUUCACUAUCUUGUCGGAAUAUUCUCGACAAUAUUAAUUAGCUUAAGCAUGCUUAAAUCAACAGUUCUUUAUAUGUUGUCUCCUGUGUAUUCCACUGAAAUGUUGUAACGGCUCUUUUUAGGAUGUUUAAUCUAUAAAUUAGCCGAUAAAGAACAAACAAUUAUCCAGAAAAAAAAAAUUGGUUUAUUAAACCGAUUCGCCAA